AUGAUCUGAUUUCUCAUAGCCUGUUCAACAGUGUUACCUGGCUGUACCACAAGGUGGAGCUGCUGUACCACAGUUUGGAUCCCUGUGAGCAUAAAAGCUGCAUGCCAGUUGUCAGGAUAUUAAUGCGAUCUGGGAGCCAGGAGUUCGAACAAGUUACAGAUUACGCGAAAGGACUGAAUAAGACAGACCAGCUAGAUUUUUCAUUAUGGCAGUGGAUGGAACCCUGUGGUAUGCACCUGUGUGGAUGCUGACAGCUGUGUUGUUGCUGCUGAUGAACAUAUGUCUAGCUGACCAUGAAAUCACAGUUGAUCCUCCUGGGAACAUACAGAUAGUUGACCCUGGACACCUGGGACAGCUGUAUAUAAACUGGACACUCCCUGCAAGUCUGCAGAAUCGGACUGACUGUGAAAUUCGUUUUGAACUCCAGUACUUCAACACUUAUGAGGGCGAGUGGACGACGAUCAGAACGAGGCUGCAGAGCUACAGCGCACAGUUUGACCUGGAGAAGAACGUGCACGUGCGCAUACAAACAAUUCUGAGAGGCCCUUGCAGCGGAUCCAAGGAAACCAAGAGCCCACCUGCCGAGGUUCUCCAGAAGCCGCCGGGCGUAGAUUUGCCUGACACUAAAAUUAAAGGUCUACGCUGUAUAUUCCAUCAGAAGGAAUAUAUGAAUUGCACCUGGCACAAGGGACAUAGGACGCCUCCUCAAGCCACAUAUUGCCUAUACUUCUGGCACAGGAAAAUGGGCCACGCUAUGGAAUGCCCCAAAUAUAUCCAAUCCCACGGGCACCGGAGUGGCUGCAGUUUUCCCGGGUCAUCCCUCCUAGAAUUCACAGAGUUCAACGUCUGUGUGAAUGGCUCUUCAGAAGGAGAUCUGCUACAACCAGCAUACUUCACCCUGCAGCUGCAGAACCACGUGAAGCCUGGUGUCAUUGAUACACUGCACCUGAAGACCCUCCCCGAAGGGGCUGUCCGUUUGGAAUGGGCACCAUCCAAAGGAAGAAUACCUGAGGCCUGCUUGGAGUUUGAAGUGGAGUCCAGCCCAGAGGGCACAGGGGGACUGAAGGUGAAGAAUGUCACGAGAAAGACUUACUUCACCGCUUCACCCCCGGGCCCGUGUAAGAGCCUCUGCUUCCGGGUCAAGUCCAGGGUGCACGAGUUCUGCAGCGACGCAAGUUUCUGGAGCGACUGGAGCCACCCGCGCUGCUUAUCAGGAAACUGCUGAUUUACCUCAUGUUCUACGCCACAAAAAGGCUGAAGACUAAAGGGACAUGUUACAUGGAUGAAAACAUACAUUGAAUCAUCACGACUCAAGUCUACGCAGUUACCUUUAAAUACGCAGUAUCUUAUGCACACAUCCAUGCUAGCUUUUAUGAUGAGACAAUCGUGUAAUUCCUGUGGUUAGUUUAUUCUGCCCUGUUCUCAGUCUAGAACAGUGGUUCCUAAACUCGGUCCUGGGGCCCUCCUAUAUAUGCUGGUUUUCGUUCCAACCCCAAUCACAAUCAUUUUAACAAACUGCAAUUUUUUCUUAAUUAGGUACUCUUCUUGUUUAGAGGGAUUAUGUAACCUCUUAAACCAUAUUGUGCUGCAUUGUAAACAAUUAAAAAGAUGCUUUUUGAUCAAAUCAAACAGUAGGCUCCUAAUUAGGUUGUUGGACAUGUGUUUAAUUUCUCAUAUUUUUUUCCUUAAACUUAAUAACAUAAUGCAGGUUUGACUCAUUAUCAUUUUCUGUCUUUGGAUUCUUCAUUAUCUUCCAGAUGGUUAGUUUUAGUGUGUCCACACUUUAAUGAAUUGGGAGCCUAUUGAUUCAUCUCAAUCAUUAACUUGAAGUUUUACCUCUUAAUGCCGUUAUUUGCAAUAUAACACAAUAAGCACACUAUGAACAUGGGAAUUUUUUUCUUGUUGGCAUGCAGAGCUAUUUCUGACAUGUUGCUUAAGAUGGUAAAUAAUCCCUCUAAAUAUAAAAAGCACCCGAGAAAAAAAAACAGCCUGUUAAAAUUCUGUGAUUGCACCAGGGUGGACUGAAAGCCAGCAUACUCUGGGGGCUAUUACAUUUUUGUAUGUAUUUCCCCUUUGCUCAAGAUGUACUUUUCCCUAGUAUAAACCCAAAUUAGCACGCCCAAUAUCUUUUCCAUAUCCCACCGUUAGCACAACUUAAUGUCCUGCAGGUAUUGUUUUUCACAUUGUUUUUAAUUGUAUUGUUUUCGGCCAUAUGGCCAAAGUCAGAGAAAGUACUGAGUCUAAACAAAGCCAAUAUGCUUGCCACAGUCAGUACACACUGAACUAUACAUAUAAUUUAAAAAUGUUAUAGGUAGAACACAGUUUACAGUACUAAAGUAAAAAAAAUGUAAGUUAUGUAAAAUGUAUAUGAAAACGGUAUACUAUGCACGAGUGUUACUUGCAUUGUUUAUGCAUUUAAAUUAGUCCAUCCAUUGCAAUCCAUGUGCUGUUGAGUCUAGAUUUUGUAUUUUGUGCACUACCACACAAUGUACUUCCAAAUACUAUGCACUAUUUUUUUAGCCAGAUGAUGAAAUCUAGCUGUUCAUAAAUGUUUCAUUACUAUACAUUUCUAUACACAUUGACAUGGCUACACAAGGCAACACCCAAAUAUCAAUUUCAAAAAGGAGCAAAACCAAUUCUGUGUUGGGGUUAAUAUUCGGGUUAAAUCUGUAACAGUAAACACAAACCUGAUGAACA